GGGGUCGCCAUGGACCUGGCCUAUGUCUGCGAGUGGGAGAAGAAGCCCAAGAGCAACCACUGCCCUUCCAUCCCCCUCGUGUGCGCCUGGUCCUGCCGAAACCUCAUCGCCUUCACCACCGACCUCAAGAACGAAGAGGAGAAAGAUCUCACCCACAUGGUCCACAUCAUCGACACCGAGCACCCCUGGGAUGUCUACUCUGUCAACUCUGGCCACGCUGAGGUCAUCACGUGUCUGGAGUGGGACCAGUCGGGCUCCCGGCUGCUCUCGGCAGACGCCGACGGGCACAUCAAGUGCUGGAGCAUGAGCGACCACCUGGCCAACAGCUGGGAGAGCACGGUGGGCAGCGUGGUGGAGGGGGACCCGGUGGUGGCCCUGUCCUGGCUGCACAACGGUGUCAAGCUGGCUCUGCACGUGGAAAAGUCUGGAGCGUCCAACUUUGGGGAGAAGUUCUCCAGGGUGAAGUUCUCUCCGUCGCUGACGCUGUUUGGCGGGAAGCCCAUGGAGGGCUGGAUCGCCGUCACCAUCAGCGGCCUGGUCACCGUGUCGCUGCUCAAGCCCAACGGGCAGGUCCUCACCUCCACCGAGAGCCUGUGCCGCCUGCGCUGCCGCGUCGCCCUGGCAGACGUCGCCUUCACGGGUGGGGGGAACAUCGUGGUGGCCACAUCUGAUGGCAGCAGCACCUCCCCUGUCCAGUUCUACAAGGUCUGUGUCAGCGUGGUGAACGAGAAGUGCAAAAUCGACACUGAGAUCCUGCCCUCCCUCUUCAUGCGCUGCACCACGGACCCUUCCCGCAAGGACAAGUACCCAGCCAUCACUCACCUCAAGUUCCUGGCUCGGGACAUGUCAGAGCAGGUGUUGCUUUGUGCUUCCAACCAAAACAGCAGCAUCGUGGAGUGCUGGUCCCUGCGGAAGGAGGGCUUGCCUGUCAAUAACAUCUUCCAGCAGAUCUCCCCUGUGGUUGGAGACAAGCAGCCCAUGAUCCUGAAGUGGAGGAUCCUCUCUGCCACCAACGACCUGGAUCGGGUGUCGGCCGUGGCGCUGCCCAAGCUGCCCAUCUCCCUGACCAACACGGACCUGAAGGUGGCCAGUGACACCAAGUUCUUCCCUGGACUGGGACUGGCUCUGGCCUUCCACGACGGCAGCGUCCACAUCGUGCACCGCCUGUCCCUGCAGAUGAUGGCUGUUUUCUACAGCUCCUCCCAGCGCCCCGGGGACGAGCAGAGCAUCAAGCGGCAGCGCACGGCCAGUCCCCUGGUGCACUUCAAAGCCAUGCAGCUCUCCUGGACGUCUCUGGCCUUGGCGGGCAUUGAUAGUCACGGGAAGCUGAGCAUGCUUCGCAUCUCCCCCUCUAUGGGCCACGUGCUGGACAUGAACAUGUCCCUCCGUCACUUGCUGUUCCUGUUGGAGUACUGCAUGGUGACUGGCUACGACUGGUGGGACAUCCUCCUCCACGUCCAACCCAACAUGGUGCAGAACCUGGUGGAGAAGCUGCACGAGGAGUACAUGCGGCAGAACGCGGCCUUGCAGCAGGUCCUCUCCACGCGCAUCGUGGCCAUGAAGGCAUCUCUCUGCAAACUCUCCUCCAGCACCAUCGCCCGCGUCUGUGACUACCAUGCCAAGCUCUUCCUCAUCGCCAUCAGCUGCACCCUCAAGUCCCUGCUGCGCCCCCACUUCCUCAACAACCCGGACAAGAGUCCCGGGGACCGGCUCACCGAGGUCUGCUCCAAGAUCACAGACAUAGACAUUGACAAGGUGAUGGUUAACCUGAAAACUGAAGAAUUUGUCCUGGAAAUGACCACGUUGCAGUCCCUGCAGCAGCUCAUCCAGUGGGUGGGAGACUUUGUGCUCUAUCUGCUGGCCAGCCUUCCCAACCAGGGCUCCCCGGUGCGCCCGGGACACAGCUUCCUGCGGGAUGGAGCCUCCCUCGGCAUGUUCCGGGAGCUGAUGGUGGUGAUCCGCAUCUGGGGGCUGCUGAAGCCAAGCUGCCUUCCUGUCUACACGGCCACCUCUGACACCCAGGACAGCAUGUCCCUCCUCUUCAGGCUCCUCACCAAGCUUUGGCUCUGCUGUCGUGAGGAAAAUCACAUAACGGAGCCCGAUGACACCCUGAUAGAUGAGUGUUGCCUCCUGCCCAGCCAGCUGCUCAUUCCCAACAUCGACUGGUUGCCCAUCAACGAUGGCAUUAUCAGCAAGCUGCAGAACAAGCAGCUUGUCCGGCUGCAGUUUGGGAAGGCUCCCGGGCUCGUUGGUCACACUGUCUCUUCCCAGUUUGACGCCUUCAUCAGGGCACCUGGACAGCCCAAAAUCGACCACCUGAGGCGGCUUCACCUGGGCGCGUACCCGACGGAGGAGUGCAAGUCCUGCACCAGGUGCGGCUGCGUCACGAUGCUCAAGUCUCCCAACAAGGUGACAGCAGUGAAGCAGUGGGAGCAGCGCUGGAUCAAGAACUGCUUGUGUGGGGGGCUGUGGCGGAGGAUGCCCCUCAGCUACUCCUGA